AUGUCCUACAAGCAGGUCACCCUCCACGAACGGCCCACCGACGCCAUUGACCCCUCGCUCGCAUCUGGCACCUUUCGCCUGCAUAGUGUCCCCAAACCUGACAAUGUGCCUGCCGACAAGCUGCUGGUGCGCGUGCACUACCUCUCGCUUGACCCGGCCAUGCGCCAAUGGCUGUCCGCCAGCCGCUCCUAUAUCGCCCCCGUGAAGGUCGGCGCCGUCAUGCGCGGGCAGAGCAUGGCCCAGGUCGUGGCCGUGGGCAGUGACCUCGGCUCCAAGUUCCAGGUCGGAGACUGGGUUUCGGCUUACUCUGGGUGGCAGGAGUAUGCUGUGCUGGGUACAGAUGAGGCGGAGAAGGUUGUUAUCCCUCCGGGUGGUCAACCUACCGACGCUCUCUCCGUCCUGGGCAUGACCGGUAUGACUGCAUACUUUGGGAUGACGGAGAUCGGACAACCUCGCGCCGGAGACACUGUCGUGGUAUCUGGAGCUGCAGGAGCCACCGGCAUGGUCGCUGGACAAAUCGCAAAAAUCAAGGGAGCGAAGCGUGUCAUCGGGCUGGCGGGCAGCCCGGACAAGUGCGAGUUUCUGCGGAAGGAGUUGGGCUUUGAUGUCGCCAUCAACUAUAAGGACUCGGAUUGGCGCAAGCAGCUGAAGGCGGCUACCCCGGACUACAUCGACGUCUACUUUGAUAACGUCGGUGGUGACAUUCUGGAUGCUUGUCUCGCUCGGGCCGCCCGAAAUGCGCGGUUCGCCAUCUGCGGUGCGAUCAGUCAGUAUAACACUUCGAAGCCAAAGGGGCCCGCCAGCUAUAUGAACGUGAUUUCGCAACGCGUCACGAUGAAGGGCUUCAUUGUCUUCGAUUUCGCCGAUAAAUACCAGAGUGCGCGCGAGGAGAUUUCCUCCUGGCUGGCACAGGGGAAGCUUGCACGCAAGGAUCACAUUAUACCCGGGGGACUAGAAGCAGCGCCCAAGGCCCUGGUUGAUCUAUACCGUGGCGUCAAUACGGGGAAGAUGAUUGUUGAGGUGGCUCCAUCUAGCCAAGUGCUAUCGCCAAAGGCGAGGCUAUAA